UCACUAAGUAUUGUAUAUAAUAAUUAAAAUAAUUCGAUUUACUAAAAAAUAUAUAUUAGUGAAAAAUGAAAAUCCUCAGUGUCCUACUUUUGUGUAUAGCUGCGGUUUUCGUAGAGAGUCAAGAGUUCUCCAAAGAAAAGUUAACGGCUCUCGGAAAUGAAUGCAAGACGGAAACAGGAGCAACUGAAGAUGAUAUGAAACUUCUUUUCAACCAUGGACCUGCAGAAACUACAGCUGCAAAGUGUUUAAAAGAUUGCGUUAUGAAAAAAUUAAAUCUUUUAACUGAUGAUGGAAAAUUGAACAAAGAAACCGCAAUUGCGAUCAAAAAUAUAAUAGCUAAUGGCGAUGCUGCACAGGAAAAAGCGGGUGAUGAAGUUAUAGAAAUUUGUUAUAAACUUGAACCCCAAAAAGAUAAAUGUGAAACAGCUGAAGCACUCGAUCAAUGCUUUAGGAAUAAUUCAGAAGCUAAGGGAUUUACUUUUGUGAAUUAGUAAAGAAGUAUUAAACUACCCCUAAAAUGAUAAAACUUCAGAUGGAAUAUUGAAAAUAUACAUAUAUAAAAUGAUUCUAUAAGAAUAAAAUGUUUAAAAUGGCACUCUAUAAAUAAAAA